AAAUACAUCGAACAGUCCAAAUCCAUACCCAUCAUAAGUUCCAUCCUCAAUCCCGUCUACCGUCGCACAGCCCUUGUCAAGAUACAGGGACCUUUUACGGAUACACAGCUUGAUAGCAUCGCACGUGGCAUGGCAUAUCUCGAAAAGCUCGGACUGGUCAGCGUCAUCGUGGUCGAAAACGAUAAACUACCGAGAGGUGAAGAAGGCGAACGGUCCGAGAUGAUUGAAGAGACAAUGCGUGUGGUUACCGCCCUGGAAAAGCAAAAUGUCAAGGCUCGUCCCGUGCUUGGUAGCAUGGUCCGUCUGGGACCCAAACCUGGAGAGGAUGAGACACAGGGCAAUCUUGACUUCACUCCUCCCGAAGCUCACGUGCUUCCUCUUGACUUGGUUCCUAUUAGGUCUGCUCUUCGUGCAGGGGAAAUACCCGUACUGCCUCCGUUUGCUUUGGAUUCAGGUUGCCGGUCCGUUCGCGUUGACGCAAACGAUAUUGUCGGAGCGCUAGCUCGUGGCAUGGUCGAAGCUGCAUCCCUUGAUGGACGUCGGACAGAGCCACAUCCCGAUUAUUCGGACGACGUCGAUCUCACCCCUCUGCGCCUCCUAAUAAUAAAUCGUGAAGGCGGUGUGCCAUCCUACGCUCGUUCUGGCUAUCCCCAUCUCCUUAUCAACCUUGAUUCUGAAUUUGACCAUAUCCACCAUACCUUCCAUCCAUCAUGGCAAGACAGCAAUCCCACCGCCCUUUCGAAUCUCUCUUUGGCACGCACGUGUCUAGCUUACAUGCCACCUACUUCUUCUGCUGUGAUGGUAUCACACAGAUCUCCUAGUUCUCUUAUCGCCAACUUGAUCACCAAUAAGCCAGCUGUCAGUUCCAGUCUGCCUCAUGCCCUGUUGCAAGGCAAUCGGAAACUUUCACAACAUACACCCACGUUGCUGAGGCGAGGUUUACCCAUCUCUGUCGUUCAAAAUGUCGCCGACAUAGACCAAGGCAAGAUGAACUACCUUCUAGAACAGUCUUUCAACCGAAAGUUGGACAAAGAUUCUUUUUACAAGCGCUUGGAAAAAACGCUAGACUUUGUCGUUAUCGCUGGCGAUUACGUUGGAGCAGCCAUUGUCACCAAUGAAUCUUGUCCCAACUCGUCUACUCCCCCUAUCUCAUACCUGGACAAAUUUGCUGUCUUGCCAAGUCAUCAGGGUGACGGCACAGUAGACUUCCUCUGGGUGGCUUUACACGACGAAUCUUAUGGCCUUGGUGACCCUGCAUCUCUCAAUCCUAACGGGGGCAAGCAGGGCAAAGGAGAAGGCCGGGAUCUUGUGUGGCGAAGCAGGGCUGACAACCCUGUGAACAAGUGGUACUUUGAACGAAGCACUGGUCACAUGCGAUCAGGAUCUUGGGUACUCUUUUGGUGUGACGCAGAGAAACGUCUAAACACGGAAGAAGGGCGACGUGCCAAUGCGGGGCUUUCAUAUAUAGAGGACUGGGAGAUGGGCAGGCUGUCAUCGUGGGCCAACGUGAUCCCCAAAAUCCCAUCAGCUUGGAGGUAGAUAAAAUAUAUGUGCAACAAAAUGUAAAACAAUACUGUAGCCUACAGCUUAUGAUACUAAACGGAACGGACUGCAGAGGAAUCA